UGGCGCAUGCGCCCUGGAGGGUACGGGCUGGAGUCUGGGAAGAAGGCGGUGGCGGUGAAAGGCGGGGGCGCCGCGGGGGCCCGGCCGGUGUUUACACAGCGGCGGGCGGGCGCGGACGCAGAACCCGGCGCGGCGGCAGCACGAUGGUCAUGGCGCAUUUCGUCGAGAAUUUUUGGGGGGAAAAAAAUAGUGGCUUUGAUGUCCUUUACCAUAACAUGAAACAUGGACAGAUAUCGACAAAAGAACUAGCAGAUUUUGUACGAGAAAGAGCUACAAUAGAAGAGGCAUACUCCAGGUCAAUGACAAAACUAGCAAAAUCUGCAAGCAAUUAUUCACAACUUGGAACAUUUGCACCAGUGUGGGAUGUGUUCAAAACAUCUACAGAGAAAUUAGCUAAUUGUCACUUGGAUCUUGUUAGAAAAUUACAAGAAUUAAUAAAGGAAGUUCAGAAGUAUGGAGAAGAACAAGUAAAGUCUCAUAAAAAGACUAAAGAAGAAGUUGCAGGAACUCUGGAAGCUGUUCAAACCAUUCAGAGCAUAACUCAGGCCCUCCAGAAAUCCAAGGAAAAUUACAAUGCCAAGUGUGUAGAACAAGAACGUUUGAAAAAGGAAGGAGCUACACAAAGAGAAAUAGAAAAGGCAGCUGUUAAAUCUAAGAAAGCUACAGAUACCUAUAAACUCUAUGUGGAAAAGUAUGCAUUAGCAAAAGCUGAUUUUGAACAGAAAAUGACAGAAACAGCUCAGAAAUUUCAGGACAUUGAAGAAACUCAUCUCAUUCACAUAAAGGAAAUUAUAGGAUCCUUGUCAAAUGCUAUAAAGGAAAUUCAUUUGCAAAUAGGCCAGGUCCAUGAAGAAUUUAUAAAUAACAUGGCUAACACGACAGUUGAAAGCUUGAUACAAAAAUUUGCUGAGUCAAAAGGCACUGGGAAAGAAAGACCUGGCCUUAUUGAAUUUGAAGAAUGUGAUCCUGCUAGUGCAGUUGAAGGUAUAAAACCAAGAAAAAGAAAGACAUUUGGUUUGCCAGGAAUAAUUAAAAAGGAAAAGGAUGCAGAGUCUGUGGAAUGCCCUGAUGCAGAUUCACUUAACAUCCCUGAUGUAGAUGAAGAAGGCUAUAGUAUAAAACCAGAAGCAAAUCAGAAUGAUACCAAAGAGAACCAUUUCUACUCAUCUAGUGAUUCUGAUUCUGAAGAUGAAGAACCAAAGAAGUAUCGAAUAGAAAUAAAACCUAUGCAUCCAAAUAAUUCACAUCAUACAAUGGCUUCCUUGGAUGAAUUAAAAGUGUCUAUAGGAAAUAUAACACUCUCCCCAGCAAUAUCUAGACACAGCCCAGUGCUGAUGAAUCAGAAUUCGUCUAGUGAAGAGUUAACAAAAUCGAAACCAUCUGCUGCAUCCAAUGAGAAAGGGACCAGUGAUUUACUUGCAUGGGACCCUCUGUUUGGACCAUCUCUUGAUUCAUCAUCUUCAGCUUCGUUAACUUCAUCAUCAUCAUCAGCACAGUCUCUUUAUUUUCAAGAAAGCAUUCUCUUUUCCUCUUGCUACCUGUCUAAAGACUGUUUUACCCAUAUCACUUUCAAUUCAGCCAGGCCCACAACUCCUCUUUCUGUAGGCGCCAUUGUCCCACCUCCAAGGCCUGCUUCCAGACCAAAGCUUACUUCAGGCAAGCUCAGUGGGAUUAAUGAAAUACCCAGGCCAUUCAGCCCACCUGUAACUUCCAACACCAGCCCACCUCCUGCUGCUCCUUUAGCUCGGGCAGAAAGUUCUUCCUCUAUCUCAUCAUCUGCUUCAUUAAGUGCUGCCAAUACUCCAACAGUAGAAGAUGAUAAUUUGAUUGGGACACUCUCUGAAAUUGAAAAGCACUGUGAGACUUCACAAGGUGUGUCACGAGGUCCCAGCCCUGUCAGCCUUGGAAAUCAGGACACCUUACCUGUGGCAGUCGCCCUUACAGAAUCUGUUAAUGCCUACUUUAAAGGAGCAGAUCCUACCAAGUGUAUUGUGAAGAUCACUGGUGACAUGACAAUAUCAUUUCCUAGCGGAAUUAUUAAAGUCUUCACUAGCAAUCCAUCUCCAGCUGUGCUGUGCUUCAGGGUGAAAAAUAUCAGCAGACUAGAGCAAAUUCUUCCAAAUGCACAACUUGUGUUCAGUGACCCAUCACAGUGUGACUCGAACACAAAAGAUUUUUGGAUGAACAUGCAAGCUGUUACUGUCUACCUCAAGAAACUAUCAGAGCAAAAUCCAACUGCUUCUUAUUAUAACGUAGAUGUAUUAAAGUAUCAGGUAUCAUCAAAUGGUAUUCAGUCCACCCCUCUAAAUCUUGCAACAUACUGGAAAUGUAGUGCUAGCACCACAGAUCUUCGAGUGGAUUAUAAGUACAACCCAGAGGCUAUGGUGGCACCAAGUGUGCUUUCUAACAUACAAGUGGUGGUACCAGUGGAUGGUGGAGUCACAAAUAUGCAGUCCCUUCCCCCUGCAAUAUGGAAUGCAGAACAGAUGAGGGCCUUCUGGAAACUGUCUGGCGUUUCAGAAAAAUCCGAAAAUGGAGGUUCUGGGUCCCUCAGAGCAAAAUUUGAUCUUUCAGAAGGGCCCAGUAAACCCACAACACUUGCAGUGCAGUUUCUCAGUGAAGGAAGCACGCUCUCAGGAGUGGAUGUUGAACUUGUAGGCACUGGCUAUAGACUUUCCUUAGUAAAGAAGCGGUUUGCCACUGGACGAUACCUGGCGGAUUGUUGAUGGACCUAGCAAAGUGGUUGGCUCAAGGGAGUGAUACAGACCUGCCCUUCUGCAUUAUCUGUUCUUCCAAACACUAUUCUAACUUAUGUUAUGUCUUUAAAACUUAGACACAUUUGAAAGCUGACUGUAAAUAUUAAGUUGCACCUUUGAAGUGAGUCAUCAAAAGAAAUAGCACUGAAAUGGUUUUCAACGCUGUAAACGAUCAACUGCAAUAUUCAGGAAGCACAUUGAUUCAGAUUGUCAGUAAAAAGUUUUCAUAGGCUGAAAUUUUUAAUUAUCUUUAGUAUCUAUUCUGAAAAACGGGGUUAUAGUGUAAUAUCAAGCCUAAACUUUCAGGAGAGCAAGCACAAAGUAAUUUAGCUUUCCAUAAAAUUUUAGAGUCAGAGAUAGCUUUGAAAUUUUGUAAGUUUGAUACUGAAUGGAUUCUACAUUUUGGAUAAUGUUAAUUUAGAACACUCAAUCAAAUUGAGUUAUGUGCCAUAAAGUAAUCAGACCAGAGUCCAAGUUGUAUGCAAAAAAUUUAUCAUUUGAUUUUUAUAAACAUAUAACUGUAAAUGGUGUUUUAUAUGAUUUUUUAAUCCUCAAGUGCAAUGUGUUUUAAAAUAAGCUUGCAAAAGACAGAAAUUUACUUCUGCAGUUAACUUUAUAGAAGUUGUGAUUGUUUUGAUUAAUUAAUGCUGUAGAUUUAAUUUAUUUUUAUAUGGAUUGCAUAAUGUGUGCCUUUUAAAACAAUAACAAAAACCAGAACUGUGCCUAUCCAGUUUGUGUUCAUAAACGUGCCUCACUUUUUUCCUCACCGUCUGGAUCUUCUGUUCAGAGUUUUGUGGUGGUCAGGCAUAUUACAGGAUAACUGCAGUUUUUGUAAAUGACUGUGGCUGGAAUUGAGAAGGGAAUUCGGAAUAACUAAAUGAUAAUUGAUACGUAAGAACCCUGGCUCACUUCUUUAGUGAAACACGGUUGCCACUAGAAAGAGAAAGAGCUACCUAAUGACUUACAUUUACAGGGGAGAAAAUUACCUUCAGCCGUUCGACCUUAACUUUAUCAAAAGUAUGUAAAUCUUAAAUUCUAAACAAUUAUAAUGGUAAAUUGGUAACUAGUAUUUUAACUCUCAAUUUAACAUUUCCCUCCACUCCAUUUAUCAUUGGAAAUUUAUUUAUUGAAUGUGUUGUGAGCAUGCAUUUUAUAGUAUUUUGUGAGGAACAUAUUUUAGAAAAGAUUAGUUCUGGCAUUAGAGAAGUCUGCCAUUUGUUUUCAUUUCAGUGUUUGGAAAAAUUACCAAUUUGUUUUCAAAGUGAUGGGUUACUUAAACAUUUCUUAAACUAAUAAUUAAAUAGUAAAAAGCCUAACUUUAUAGCAAAUACUGAUUAAUUGAAGGAAUUAAAUAUUUUGGACAAGGUUUCAUAAUCUACAAAUGGAAAUUUUAUUUAUGAGGAUAAAUACCAGUUAUCCUGCAUUUUGCAUAGAAGUGAUAAAUUGUGUUAUAUAUGAUAAUUUAUAUAAAAACCACUAACUGUUCUGUUAAGCUUUACAGAAAGUAAAACUACUACUAGACAUUUAUGUAACAUGUUGCUAUACUAAAUACAGCAGAAAAUCUACUUGUUAGCAAUAUAUAUAACACAAUAUGUGCUUUUGUAAUAUAUUCAGUGUUAGCCCAAUUCUAAAUUUAGAUUUGACUAAAGUAAUACAGGAGACAAUUUGCUGAAAUGGUCAUCUUGACUAAAUAGUGAACAAAAUUAGAAAUUCUCUUACAUUGUGCUCUUUUAAAUGCCAAUUACAGUCCCUGAUUGAAAUCUUAACUGUAACUGCACAGCAGUCAGACUUUUAUUGAUCAGUUAAUAUUUUAUUAUUGGAAUUCAGACAUCAAUAUACUUAUAAUGUUUGUUUUUAAUCAAGUGUUACCUAAAAAUGUACAAAUUAGUGAAGUGGUUAAACUUCUGCACUUUCUUAAUUACCACAGUCUUCAUACCAAGUGUCAGUACAUAAAUUUGUAUUGGGUGCAGGUUACAAUUUUGAAGCCAUAUGAGUUUAUGGAGGUGUUUUGUUUUUGUUUUUGCUUUGGUUUUUGUUUUUCAUCUAAAACCCCAUUAAUGUUGUAAAAAAAAAAAAAAAAAAAAGACCAGUAGAUUUUCAAAGGGAAAUGUGUUUAGCAAGCUGGUUCUUGCUUAUGUAUAGUGAUUAAACUUUGUAGCUGUCUCUUUAACCAAGAAUUUGUAAACACAGAACUCUAACAAAUGUGAGUUUUUAAGAAUUGUUAUUUACUACUUUGAGUUGUAAUUACAACAAUGCAAAUCUAUCUUACAAAAUUUUGUAAAUAUUUUUGAUUUUUUCAUAAAAUGUAAAUUUUACAUAAAAGUUGUACCAUUAAUAAACAUGUAAUAUAUAAUUUA